AAACAAUCAACAAAAUCCCGAAUAUGUAUAUAUAGAUGCGUAUGUUUAAGGCAAGUUAUUCGAAGAUAAAAUCUAUGCCAUUCAUAUAAUCAGUUAAAACUAGUUUCAUAUAGAGUUCAACAAAGAUCCAAACUUUCACUUGUAUAUAUAUAUAUAUAUAUAUGUUGUGAAAAAAGAUAUUUUUUUAAAACAAACAUUAAACAAACAAAAGGGAUUUAAUUAUUGAAUUAUUUCUAUAAAUGAAAACACUUAGAAACAAAAAAUAAUAAUUAAUUUGAAUAAAAUGUCAUCUCCAUUAAACAAAUACUGUUACGUAUUAUUAUUAUUACUAUUACCAUUACCAUUACAUCAUACUUAAAUAAUAAAUACCAUGGUAUAUAUUCAAUGUUUUAUACAAACAAUAAAUUUAAAAUAUUUUAUUUAUAUUUAUUUAUUAUUUUAUAUUCAAUGUGAAAAUACUACUGAAUUAAAACAUAAUGAAUCUGAUAAUGAUUUCACAGAAACCGCAUCAAAAAAUCUUCAAUUAAUUCGAAUGAAAAAAGGAAUAGAAAAUUCCAAUGAUAAUCAUAUUAACAUUGAACAGAUUAAACAACAUAAUAUUGAAACUUUAAAAAGUCAUUUUAAUCGUUUAAACAAAGCAAAUUAUAAUGAUCAUGAUCAUGAUGAUGGUAAUAAUAAUAAUAAAGUCAAUAAUCAUGAUGAAUUAGAUCUAUUGAAAUCUUUAUCAAAUUACAAUGAUAAAUCAAAUGAACAAAGUACAACGUUUACAUUUAUUGAAAUGAUUGUACAACGUACAGUGAAUAAAUAUAUGAAUGUAAUACGUACAAGAUCUGAUUGGUUAAAAAGAUUAUUACAAUUAGUUAAAGAAGAACGAGAUAUACGUUCAAGAUAUAAUUGUUUUACAGAUGCAUGCAUUUAUAAAAUUCAAUUAUUUACAACACAACUUAAAGCUCAUCUUCUUAGAAAUACAGUUCAUUUAGAACCAAUACAACAUAAAGAUCAUAGAAAUAUGGAUUUACAUAUGAAACGAAUGAAAAGAACAAUACCAGAAUCAUCAGUAUUUUCAACAUCAUUUGGUAUUAAUGAUUCAACUAUUGAAAUUUUAAAUGAUGGCUCAGAAAUACAAGAUUUAUUAUUUUUACAUGAUGAUAUUACAGAGGAUGAUGCUUUACGAUUACCAGAUGAAGUGAAUAAAUUAAAUUUGAUAAGACAUCGUGAAAAUGAUGAUUCUAUGACAAAUUGGACAAGUAAUAAUGAUAGUAAACAUAAAUCAAUAAAAUUUGAUAAUCCUGAUAAAAUUGAUGUGGCUAGAUUUAGUCAAGAAUUGACUGGAGAUGUUUUAUCUAAACAUAUAAAAAGUCAAACAGUAACAGCAUCUAUUUUCACUGACAUCACAGAAGGCAAUUCAAUGAAUAUUGCUACAAAUGUUAAUGGUAAUGAUAAUGAUAAUAAUAAUAAUGAUGAUACUGAUAAUAGUAAUAGUAAUAAUAAUAAUAAUAAUAAUAAAGUCAGUAGUAGUGUGACACCAUCGUUUAUACCUAUUCAACAGUUACAUGUAUCACUAGAUAACCAAUCAAAUUUGUUAAUAGACAGUGAACCAGAUCUAUAUUCAGAUAAUUCAGUGGAUAAUGAGGAUAAUAAUGUUAUUGAAGUUAAUCACAAAAGUCAUGAUGAAGAAUUACCUAUAAGUAUGACUGAACAAGUUUCAAAUCUUUUGGUAGAUGAAUUAAAUGAUCAGAAAAAUACUUUGAAUGAUAAUGAAAAAGAGAGAAAACAAGUAGAAGAUGUAGUCAAUAGUACAAUAUUCAUAGAAGAUGAAAAUAAUAUUGGUGCAUCAUCCUUUUCUACACCAUACACUGAGCAGCCAACAACAACAUCAUCAUCACCAACUGAGACAAUUGCAUUCACGACCAAUUCGCCUAUUUCAUUGGAUAAUCUAUUAUCUACACCGAAUUCAAUAGAUUUUACAACUGAUGAAUUAUUAGACCAGAUGAAUACAACAUCAUCAUUAUCACCAUUAACCACAUCGAUAAUAACAACAACAACAGAAACCGAUAACGAUCAUUCAGAAAUAUAUCAACAUUCAAUCAAACCAUCAUUAAAUAUUAGAGCUAUUUCAUUAACUGUUGAAGAAACACUGGCUAUACCAUUUGGUUUGAAUAAAUUCGAUGGACGACCGUAUGAGAACUGUACUGGACAAUAUGAAAAUUAUUGUUAUAAUGCAAUAAAGUGUGUUUAUAUUAGUGUAUUGGAAACAGCUGCUUGUUAUUGUAGGACUGGUUACACAGGUGUUCGUUGUGAUAUGUUCAACUUACCACAAACAUUGGAUAUACUGAAAUCUUUUCGUGAAGAAAGUAUUGAUAUCAAUUCACUUCAUCAGCCAACAGCAUAUAUCUUGCAUAAUGUGAUUGAAGCAACAGCGUAAGUUCAUAUUAAAAUAGAAUAUAUAUGACAAAUAAACUUAAUAAUGUUAGGAAUGUAAUGAAACUGUCAAGUUUACUUAAACCUUGGGAUUAACAAUACUGUAACACCAAGAAAACUUCGUUUAAACUGUUUGUACAAUAAAAUGUGUUCUUGGAAAUUAUUUCCACAUAAUCCAUGAACAUCGAGUGAAGCUCUGAAGGCAGGUUUUCAACGGAAUAUUGUCUCUGGAGAAGAUUCCUUUCCAAUUCUCAGAUAUUCAUUUUUAAAGUACCCUGAUUGGUUUAACAUUUUCGCAUAAAUAUUCGUGUAUAUUAGAGUAAAGCCUGACGGCGAUCUAAUUGAAAACAAUUGUUCACUUACAUGUGUUGUUCUAAUUUUCACAAUGGGAAUCUUUAAUAUUCUAAAAUCGCGUGCGGACCCUGUUGCAUUUAAGGCACUUAAUGAGUUCCUGAAGUUUAAUGCACGUCUCACAGAAGCGAAAACGACCUUAGGAUUUGCUAUAAAUUGUAUACAAUCUAAUAGAUAUCCUAAAAUAUAUUGGAAGUCUUUGCGUCAUAACAGAAUCUAUCCUAAUGCAAAAACGCUUGAAAGACAUGCGUCGAAUCAAAUUGAUACUUUAAAAAUGAAUAUCUGAGAAUUGGAAAGGAAUCUUCUCCAGAGACAAUAUUCCGUUGAAAACCUGCCUUCAGAGCUUCACUCAAUGUUCAUGGA